UUCUUCACUCGCCGAAGUUCGGCACGGCAGUAACACGCAUUUGGAUUUUGACGUGUGACAGCUUCUCAGAACAGCUGCGGCCAAAUUCGGUUGCAGAUUGGUGGUGUAUAGAAAUAAAGACAGUGGGUUAUGAAAAAGUGAUAGAAAUGGCAGAAAGUAAAGGUGCGUUAAUCGCGAAAUCAGUGCAAAAACAUGCCGGACGAGCAAAGGAAAAGUUCCUCCAAAACCUGGGGAAGGUGGACCGCACCCUCGACGACAUAUUCGAGGAGCACCUUCAGAACUUCAACCGGCAACACCAGCAGGCUAUGCGGCUACAGAAAGAGUUCAACAACUACAUCAGGUGUAUAAGAGCGGUCCAGACAGCGUCCAAAUCUCUAAUGGAGGCGAUCACCGAAGUGUACGAGAGUGGGUGGUCGGGCCACGACCUUCUAUACGUCCAAGCUCAGAACAUGGAGAUGCUCUGGCAGGACUUCUCCCACAAGCUGGGCGACCAGGUGUUGAUCCCUCUCAACACGUACACCAACCAGUUUCCGGAGGUCAGGAAAAAAAUAGAGAAACGUGGUCGCAAAUUAGUGGACUAUGACAGCCAACGACACAGCUUCCAGAACUUGCAGGCGAACGCUGCUAAAAGACGGGACGAUGUGAAGAUAACGAAAGGGCGCGAGCAGCUGGAGGAGGCCAAGCGCACGUACGAGCUGCUGAACUCGGAGCUGCACGACGAGCUGCCCGCGCUGCACGACUCGCGCGUGCUGUUCUACGUGCACAACCUGCAGACGCUGUUCAGCGCCGAGCAGCUGUUCCACGCCGAGAGCUCCAAGGUGUUCGCAGAGCUGGAAGCCAUCACGGACAAACUAGCGACGGACAGCCAGCGCGGCUCCUACAAGAAGCCGGCCGCCAACAACAUAUCGGCGGCCAUGAACAACAACCAGACUCCGCACAAUGGCAACACCAACACUAACACUGUUCAGACCCCCGCCUCGCCCGCUCUCAACGGCAACUCGACGCCGGCGCCGCGUGACGUCAGCGCUGACGUCGUCAGUGACGUCGUCAGCGACGUCGUCAGCGACGUCAGCGGAGACGGCUCCCCGCCGCGAGCGCAGGAGGACACGCCGGUGAUCCCGGCCGCGCUGCCGGCGCCGUCUGCGCCUGCGCGGCACAGCGACAGCGACAAGGAAACCAACGGAGACGCCAACGAUAAGAAGGUGGAGGAACUCUACGAUAUACCUGUAGGAUCGCCGGUGCCGCGUGAGAAGUCGAACGGCGAGGAAAAGAGACAAAUAGAUGUAGAACAGGGCAGUGGGAAAGAGAAAGAUAGCCCGAGCGAACAAAAGGAUGAGGUUUACGAUAUACCAGUCGGGGCGACCCUGUCGGGGCUGCCGGCGGGCACGCUGUACCGCGUGCGCGCCACGUACCGCUACACGCGCGAGGACGAGGACGAGCUGUCGUUCGACGUCGGCGACCUCAUCCGGGUGGUCGAGUACGAUGACCCCGACGAACAGGAGGAAGGCUGGCUAAUGGGCAUCAAAGAAUCGACCAAUGAGAAGGGAAUGUUCCCCGCCAACUUCACGCGGCCAAUAUGAGCCCGAAACUUUCGCUUACCAAAGGACAAUGAGCCUUAUGCCGCUCGGAAUAACAUCGCUUGUCCCACUCAAACGCAGUGACAGUGAGUGACGGAAACCUUUUGAAGUGUUCUGCGCAUUCUAUCGUUAAUUCGUUCGCUCCGAAUGAAAAAUUUGUCGUUCGCUCUGAAUGAAAAUUUAGUCGUUCACUUUGAAUGAAAACUUUGUCGUUCACUCUCAUUUUGAUUUGUCAAAAUAUGUUUCAUAGUUGACACACCUGUUAUAUUUAUUUUAUCGGUCGUUAUUUUCCCGCGAAAUAACGCUUGAUUUCAAUACGAAUGCACAUAACACUUCGUUUUAGAGUUUAGUUGUUGAAUGUUAAUAGAUAUCUAUUAUUUAUUAUUAUUUUUGUGUUGUAUUGCAACGAAUUAAAAAUAACGCAUUGCCCGUUUACUUUAUUUAACGACAUUGAUGCGUGUUUAAUAUAAUUUUUGUAUAUAAAAUGUAUGUAGAUGAUUUUUAGUCAUUAUCAGUUAGGUGCAGGGUUGAAAUGUAUAAUCUGAUUAUAUAUUGAAAUGUUUUGGUGAAUCAUGCCAAUUUAUUGUUCCCUCUUGUUAAAAGAGAGAUGGAUUUUAAAUAAGCGUUAGUAAUAAAAUAAUAUAUCUUUUAUAAUGCUAAAAAGCUUAUAUUUAUCAAUAAUAAAAUCGCAAUCGAAUGCGCACUGUAUGUGGAUUAUCCAGGUCAAAUUUAGGACAAUAAUUAUAAAUCAUUUUAAUAUCGGUGUUCUUGAUAUUUGCUCAGUGGUUUAUCUAAAUAAUGUAAAUGGGAAGUGACCUUAUGUGAAAUAUAAAUUUUUUUGACGAACAAUUCUAUUCUUUCUAUUAUUUUCAGUAUUAAAAUGAAAACAUUUUGAUUUAAGAGGUGACUUUUGGAACAGUAUCUAAAUUCACAAUUGGUGCUUGGAAAACAUCUUUCAAUAGUUAAAUAAGCACUUAAAAUCAUUAGGUGAUAGCUCAAAAUAAUACGACUCUUAUACUCUGAUUUCUCCAAAGUAAUCAAUGCUUUCCGGGAAUUAUUUCAAAUGUCACUCGCUACUAUUGAAAUCUUUAAAAAUCUAAAAUUGACAAUUAUUCUUCUAGCUGAAAGUUUCAUGUUGUUUAUACGAAUAUUAAAACAACAGUUCCAUCAACGCUAUGCAUUUCAUUUUCUACCUAAAGUGUGGUUGCAUUUUCAAACUUCUUCGUCUAUAGUUAUAGUUCAUUUCAUUCGUUCACUCGAUCCCAAAAACGUACCAACCCCAUCGUUCAUGUUUCGUGUAAGUUUUCAUGUAUAUAAAUUAUAGUUUUGUUGACCUUUUUAUUUAAACUUAUUAUUGUUAAUAAUAACAUUAGAGUAUAGAUCCAUUCGAAUAUAAUAUAUUUAUAAACAUUUUAUUUAAGAAAUAUUGUUUUGUUAAUUUUAACUCGACUAGUAAAACACGUACUAACUGUAUUUAAGAGAUGCUUUUGAUUUACGGUCAAGGAAAUGGGGAUUCCCCUACUUUUAUCAUAACCAUAUAAACAAAAUAUACUAUAAAUUGAAACUCCACUAUACAUUUUAUUAAUGAUUGUCAUUCUUUCCUUUUCUACAAAUUGUAUGGUUGAUAUUAACGCCUGUGUCAAAAACGGUGCUUAGAAAAUGUACAUAGUUUGUAAUUUAUAUGAAAAAUAAUUACAUUUUACCCAAUUUUAGAUAAGUUGCGAAUGUAUGUGUUCCAGUAUACAUUGUGACCUAUAUUUCCAAAAACCUUUUUGUGCCACGUUUUAUUAUCAUUCUUUUAAAUAUAAAUUACCAAUAAAAUCUGGGUCAAACGUAUGUUUCAAUAUGAAUCUUAUAACAAUGACAUAAAGUUGUUUUUUUUUUCUUGCAGCUAACAAAGGCUAUGAGAAAAAUCAAGAUUGAUUUUAAAACGUGGUGUGUAUUUUUUAUAAAUUAGAUUUACAGCCAUAACUAUUAUUAAUCAUUAUAUGCCAAUCAUUAUUUCGGAAUUAAGUUUUAAAAUCAACAUUUUAUCAUCAUUAUUGACUGAUGUUUUGUAGAAAACGUUGACAGUAAGGCGUAGGGUAGGAGUACAAUCCGACAUGUGUGUCGUGGCUCAGAUUAUCAGCAGUGCCAUGCGAAAGGUCCAUAAUAUAAUAUUAAUUAUAAGUUUGUUAGGACUUGUACAGUUUUUACAACUGCAAAUAAAAUGUUUCUCACAA